GUCAAAGUUAAACAAGGGACACAGUAUGCUCUCUGAUUUAACGGACCUCAGUCACGGUGAUGAAAAAAAAAAGAGGGAGGGGAGGAAAAGACUUUGAUCACAUGGCCACGAAGUCACUCUGAAAGUAUGCUGCCACUGUAUUGCCCACACAAAUAUAAAAACCGUUCAGAGUGAGGAGCCGUGUCCAUGUAACGAGCAUCAUUUUCAGAGCUUUGAGUCAAUCGGCAGCAUUGGGCUGGUGGAUACAAAACAGACGAGAGGGUGACGCAAGCAAAAAUGUCAAAUCACACCACGGACGUUUCCCCCACCCAAGGGAGCACCGUGCCUUCUUUUUCCAACAGCUCUACCAUCAUCAGCUCCACCAUCGUGGGCAACUCCACCUCAGUAAACUCCUCAUCCUCUCCGCUAGACGAGAUUGCAGCCAAUGACAUCAUGUCCACAGCAAUCUACGUCUACAGCUUCUUCGCUGCCCUGGGCUUCUUGGCAGGCUGCUUCCUGCUCUUCAGCUUCGUCCAGACCUACCGGGCCCACCAGCGGCUGGCGUGGCUCGACUGCCUCCUCUGGGUCUUCUGUGGCCUCCAGCUGCUGCUUCUGCUCCUCUCUCUGCACACUGUGACCAGACCCAAGUACCUGAGCAUCACAGCUUUGAGCUGUGCUGCUCUCUCCUUCACCAUCAACACGGUGUCUCUGUGCGGUCUGCUGGUCUUGGUACUCAUGGCCUACGUCCUCACCCUCGACCCACCGUCCCACGCCCUGCUGAGGAGGCCGGGGGUCUGUGUGACGCUAGUAGUCCUGACUUCUGUACUGAUCUCUCUGGUGCUGGCUGGGGUACGUGGACCGCGUGACGGUCUACAUGAAGUGACCGACUGUUCUAUGGAUCCCACCAGUGCUGGGGUUUCAUACGCAGCUGCCAGACUGUUCAUGGUUUUUCUGAUUCCCUACAUCCUCCAAUUGGGACUUCUGAUAAGUGGCUGCGUCCGGCAGUGGAAGUCUAAAGGACGCUUCCUCUCCGGCUCCGAGGAAGGUCCCGUGUUCCUGACAGUCACUGUGUUCAUGUUUUUCUGCCUGUUGUUCUACAGUGUGUCGCUGCUGAGAGGAGCUCAGCUUGAAAGUGAGAAGACGCUGAGCUAUCACGAGCGAGCGUUUCUGACCAUAGCCGAGUUUGUGUUGUUCUCAGGGAGCAGCAUCAGCCUGCUGCUCGUGCUCUUCAUGCACAGGCCGUGUCGAGAGAGCCUCCACGGGGUUAUGAGGCAGCUGAGGGACUGCUGUUAUAGUCCUGGGCGCACACAGCCCAACAGAAACAUCAUCGCUCCACACAUCGAGAUCACAGACACUCUGCAGGACAUAGAGUCAUAGAGGACAAAAACUCUCUUAUGUCUGAGGACAGAGCUCUUCUGGUGCAUCAAACUGAAGACUGUGGAGAUCUCUCAUAUUAGAGAUAUGGUUAAGUGAUCUUUUAAAAUGCCUUUUCUGUUCCUGACUAUGUUAAUGUUGUUACAGACAUGCAUUUUCUUUUCUUUUGCAGAAAGUUUUCAAAUAGUUUUUUACACAUCUGCAAUAAAUAAAUGCUGGUAA